AAAUUCUCUAUCUCUUUGGCUCUAAACUUUCUCUACAUCCUAGAACCUAUCCUAUCACAAUAUACAAGACGUGGUUACUUUUCCUAAGCAAACACAGCCCAAGGUUGACCCAAUUCCGAUAUGGAACAGCAUGAGAUGAAACCGGUCACCGAAACAAAUAUCGAGACCCCUGCAGACAAGUGUAUAAGCCCAACGGCUUCGGAAGCUAAUCACCAACAUGACGAUACAUCGGGCCAGGCUCAAAUAAAACGCCUUUUUAACUUCACACAAAUGUUCUUCUUCUCGCUCACAUUUAUGUCGAGCUGGGAGACCCAGGCUUUGAAUUUAACCGCGGUACUCACAAACGGAGGACCCGAAGCUCUAUCUUGGGGGAUUGUGAUUGUCGUCUUUGGAGCUUUGGCACAGUGCGCUUCGUUAGCUGAGAUGGCAUCCAUGCAGCCCAUUGCCGGUGCACAAUAUCAUUGGACCCAUUAUCUGGCGCCGGAUAGUCAAAAGAGGUUUAUCACCUGGAUGCAGGGCUGGGUUACUUGGUUUGCCUGGGUCUCACUCCUCGCAGGCGUAGCAAAUACCACGGCGACGACGAUUCAAGGCCUAGCGAUCACAAACUACCCUGAUUACGUACCGGAACGAUGGCAUUUGACUCUGAUCAUCUUUGCAAUACUCAUCGUCGAGGGCCUGAUGAAUAUGUAUACCUUCCAGCUGAUCCCAUGGAUGGAGCUCUUGGCUGGGGUUCUUCAUAUUAUUCUCUUCAUCAUUUUCCUAGUCGUCUUUGUUGCAUUAUCUCCACGCCAUACUCCGGAGUAUGUAUUCUUGACAACCCAAGCCCAGUCCGGCUGGAAUAAUACAUUCGUAUCCUGGAACAUCGGACUCUUAACACCGACAUGGGGGUUCGUUGGCUUCGACGGUGCAGUCCAUAUGAGCGAAGAGGUCCGUCGCGCAAGAGAGGCAGUACCUCGAUCGAUGGUCUGGUCUGUCGCCACUAAUGCUGUUCUUGCGUAUGCCAUUGUUAUAUGCAUGCUCUUCACGAUGGGUUCGGUCGAGGACGCACUGAACGCCAGCUUCCCCAUCAUUGAGAUCUGUCAACAUGCAACGGGAUCCACCCAGGCAGCUACCGCCAUGGUCUGCGGACUCCUAGUACUUGGCCUGUCGGUAACCCUGGCCAGCAUAGCAUCCGCCUCCCGCUUGACAUGGGCCUGGGCCCGGGAUGGUGCGUUGCCGAAAUGGUUUUCAUACAUCGACCGGAGACACAACGUCCCUAUCCGCGCGGUAUGGCUCCCCGUAUUCAUAGUCAUGGCCCUAGCAUGCCUCAACAUUGCAAGCACCGCCGCCUUCGGAGCCUUCAUAGCUCUCUCAUCCAUAGGUCUCUUCGUAUCCUACUUUAUUGCCAUCAGCUGCAUGGUGCACAACCGUUUCCGGAAAGACCCGGUACCAAUGGGAAAUUGGAAUAUGGGUAGAUGGGGUCUGCCGGUUAAUAUCUUUGCCUUGGUUUACACUGCCUAUGUUACUGUGUGGUUGACGUUCCCAUCUUAUCGGCCUGUGACAGGCCAGAACAUGAACUAUGCAUUGCCAAUUUUUGCUGCUUCGACUUUGUUCGCUUUUGUCUAUUGGUUUCUAUAUGGUGGGAAACACUGGUCGGGGUUGAAUAAGGAGGUUUUACGGCUUGUGGUUGAAAGGGGCGAGUUGCAGCUGAAGUGAAUCUUUCUUGUUUUGAUGGUUUUCUUACAUUGGACACUUGCAAUAUACGCAUAAUGAAUGCAGGAAUUGCUCUGUAUUUAGGUGGUUUUUUUUUUUUAGUUGAAC